ACCUCCGUCCGGGCGUCAGUCCCCGACCAAGAGCGCGGCCAACGGGAGCCCUUCCAAAUGCCCGCGGUUUGUGAAGAUCAAGAACUGGGAGACGGGCUCUGUGCUCCACGACACCCUGCACCUCAAGACUGCCAUGGCCACCGCCUGCACCGAGCAGAUCUGCAUGGGCUCAGUCAUGACCCCCAGCCCUCACAUCCGCAAGUCAGAAGACACCAGGACAAAGGAGGAGGUGCUCCUGUUGGCCAAGGACUUCAUUGACCAGUACUACUCCUCCAUAAAGAGAUCUGGCUCCAAGGCCCACAUGGAAAGGCUGGAGGAGGUGACCAAGGAGAUUGAAGCCACUGACACCUACCAGCUGCGGGACACCGAGCUCAUCUACGGAGCCAAGCACGCCUGGAGGAACGCAGCCCGCUGCGUGGGCAGGAUCCAGUGGUCCAAGCUGCAGGUGUUCGACGCCCGCGACUGCACCACAGCCCACGGGAUGUUCAAUUACAUCUGCAACCACAUCAAGUACGCCACCAACAAAGGCAACCUCAGAUCCGCCAUCACCAUCUUCCCGCAGCGCACGGACAGCAAGCACGACUUUCGCAUCUGGAACGCCCAGCUCAUCCGCUACGCCGGCUACAAGCAGCCCGACGGCACCAUCCUGGGGGACCCUGCCAACGUGGAGCUGACCGAGAUCUGCAUCCAACAAGGCUGGAAGGCGCCCUACGGACGUUUUGACAUCCUGCCACUGCUCCUCCAAGCCAACGGCAACGAUCCAGAGCUCUUCGAGAUCCCCCCAGAGCUCGUGCUGGAAGUGCCCAUCCGGCACCCCAAGUUUGAGUGGUUCAAGGACCUGGGGCUGAAGUGGUACGGCCUGCCAGCAGUUUCCAACAUGCUCCUGGAGAUUGGUGGCCUGGAGUUCUCCGCCUGCCCCUUCAGCGGUUGGUACAUGGGCACCGAGAUCGGCGUCCGGGACUACUGCGACAACUCCCGCUACAACAUCCUGGAGCAAGUGGCCAAGAAAAUGAACCUGGACAUGAGGAAAACCUCCUCGCUGUGGAAGGACCAGGCCCUGGUGGAGAUCAACAUUGCUGUGCUGUACAGCUUCCAGAGUGACAAGGUGACCAUUGUGGAUCACCACUCGGCCACGGAGUCCUUUAUCAAGCACAUGGAGAACGAGUACCGGUGCCGUGGAGGUUGUCCUGCCGACUGGGUGUGGAUUGUCCCGCCCAUGUCUGGCAGCAUCACCCCAGUUUUCCAUCAGGAAAUGCUCAACUACCGCCUCACACCCUCCUUCGAGUACCAGCCGGACCCCUGGAACACCCACGUCUGGAAAGGGGUCAAUGGGACACCUACCAAGAAGAGGGCCAUUGGAUUUAAGAAGUUAGCAAAGGCUGUGAAGUUCUCGGCCAAGCUGAUGGGGCAGGCCAUGGCCAAGAGGGUCAAGGCCACCAUCCUUUACGCCACAGAAACGGGCAAGUCCCAGGUCUAUGCAAAAACUCUGUGUGAGAUCUUCAAGCACGCUUUUGAUGCCAAGGUGAUGUCCAUGGAUGAGUACGACAUCGUGCACCUGGAGCACGAAACCAUGGUCCUGGUGGUCACCAGCACCUUCGGCAAUGGGGACCCCCCCGAGAACGGAGAGAAAUUUGGCUGUGCAUUAAUGGAGAUGAAGAAUCCCAACUCCAACCUGGAGGAGAGGAAGAGCUACAAGGUCCGUUUCAACAGCGUCUCCUCUUACUCGGAUGCUCGGAAAUCCUCCAGCGAUGGCCCUGACUCCAGGGACAACUUCGAGAGCACGGGGCCUCUGGCUAACGUCAGGUUCUCCGUGUUUGGGCUGGGCUCACGUGCCUACCCCCACUUCUGCGCCUUCGCCCGGGCCGUGGACACCCUCCUGGAGGAGCUGGGCGGGGAGAGGAUCCUCCGCAUGGGAGAGGGGGAUGAGCUGUGUGGCCAGGAGGAGUCCUUCAGGACCUGGGCCAAGAAGGUCUUCAAGGCAGCGUGUGACGUGUUCUGCGUGGGGGACGACGUCAACAUCGAGAAAGCGAACAACUCCCUCAUCAGCAACGACCGGAGCUGGAAGAGGAGCAAGUUUCGGCUGACCUACGUGGCCGAGGCCCCAGAGCUCACACAGGGGCUCUACAGCAUCCACAAGAAACGUGUCUAUGCAGCCCGGCUGAUCGCGCGCCAGAACCUGCAGAGCCCCAAGUCCAGCCGCCUGACGAUCUUCCUGCGCCUGCACACCAACGGGCACCAGGAGCUGCAGUACCUGCCCGGGGACCACCUGGGGGUGUUUCCCGGGAACCACGAGGACCUGGUCAACGCCCUGAUCGACAGGCUUGAAGACGCCCCUCCAGCCAACCAGUUGGUGAAGGUGGAGCUGCUGGAGGAGAGGAGCACGGCUCUAGGUGUCAUCAGCAACUGGACAGACGAGAACCGUGUCCCACCUUGCACCAUCUUCCAGGCUUUUAAGUACUACUUGGACAUCACCACCCCUCCCACACCCCUGCUGCUGCAGCAGUUUGCUUUGCUGGCCACCAGUGAGACAGAGAAGAAACGUCUGCAGGUCCUCAGCAAGGGCCUGCAGGAGUACGAGGAGUGGAAGUGGUCCAAGAACCCCACCAUCGUGGAGGUGCUGGAGGAGUUCCCCUCGGUGCAGAUGCCCUCCACGCUGCUGCUCACACAGCUCCCCCUCCUCCAGCCACGCUACUACUCCAUCAGCUCCUCCCCGGAGAUGUACCCAGGCGAGGUCCACCUCACCGUGGCCGUGGUGUCCUACCGCACCAGAGAUGGAGAAGGACCAAUCCACCACGGAGUCUGCUCCUCUUGGCUCAAUCGGAUACAGCCCGAUGAGGUGGUGCCCUGCUUUGUCAGAGGUGCCCCCGGGUUCCACCUGCCCCAGGACCCCCAGGUGCCCUGCAUCCUCAUCGGCCCCGGCACCGGCAUCGCCCCUUUCCGCAGCUUCUGGCAGCAGCGGCUCUUUGAGAUCCAGCACAAAGGGCUGAAGCCUUGUCCCAUGGUCCUGGUGUUUGGCUGCCGGCAGUCCAGGAUCGACCACAUUUACAAGGAGGAGACGCUCUUUGCCAAAACCCACGGUGUCUUCAGAGAGCUGUACACGGCCUACUCCCGGGAGCCAGACAAACCAAAGAAAUACGUGCAGGACGUGUUGCAGGAGCAGCUGGCCCAAACGGUGUUCAAAGCGCUGAAGGAGCAGGGAGGCCACAUCUACGUCUGCGGGGAUGUCACCAUGGCCGGGGACGUCCUCAAGACCAUCCAGCGCAUCGUGAGGCAGCAGGGCCAGCUGUCGGUGGAGGAGGCAGGCGCCUUCAUCAGCAAGCUGAGGGAUGACAGCCGGUACCACGAGGAUAUUUUUGGAGUCACCCUGCGUACGUACGAAGUGACGAACCGCCUUAGAUCCGAGUCCAUCGCGUUCAUCGAGGAGAGCAAAAAAGACACGGAUGAGGUUUUCUGCUCCUAACUGGACCCUUCACCCCAAGGGGAUGCCAAACCAGUCCCAGCACCUGCUGCCCCCUCCAGCUGGAGGGCACUGGGUUUUGUAUUUCACGGACACGGUGGCUCCUUUUCCACGGGGAACUGCCCAUGGAAAGCGUUCUGUCUCUCGUCCUGUUGUUGUGUCCUGAUGAUGAUGAUGAUGAUUUUUAUUUCCUU